AUGAGUACGGACGCGGAGAUGGCGAUUUAUGGCAAAGCUGCCAUAUACCUGCGGAAGCCAGAAAAGGAGAGAAUCGAGGCACAAAGCAAGCCUUUCGAUGCCAAAACCGCCUGUUACGUGACCGAUACCAAGGAGCUGUACCUCAAAGGCACAAUCCUGAGCAAAGAGGGGGGCAAAGUCUCUGUCAAAGUGCUCGAUACCCAAGAAACUGUAACAGUUAAGGAGGAUGACGUCACCCCAAUGAACCCCCCCAAGUUCGAUAAAAUUGAGGACAUGGCCAUGAUGACCCACCUCAAUGAAGCCUCUGUGCUGUAUAACCUCAAAGAGCGUUACGCAGCAUGGAUGAUCUAUACCUAUUCUGGGCUGUUCUGUGUCACUGUAAACCCCUACAAGUGGCUCCCAGUGUACGACCAAGAAGUUGUGACAGCAUACAGAGGCAAAAAGCGCAUGGAGGCCCCACCACACAUCUUCUCUGUCUCAGACAAUGCCUAUCAGUUUAUGCUUACUGAUAGAGAAAACCAGUCUGUCCUGAUUACUGGAGAAUCUGGUGCCGGAAAGACUGUGAACACCAAACGUGUCAUCCAGUACUUUGCGACAAUCGCAGUUGCAGGUGACAAAAAGAAAGAAGCUGCAGCUGCUGGCAAAAUGCAGGGAUCUCUGGAGGAUCAGAUUAUUGCUGCUAACCCCCUGCUGGAAGCUUACGGCAAUGCCAAGACUGUGAGGAAUGACAACUCCUCUCGCUUUGGUAAAUUCAUCAGAAUUCACUUCGGCACCUCAGGAAAACUGGCCAGUGCUGACAUUGAAACUUAUCUGCUGGAAAAGUCAAGAGUGACAUUCCAGCUUCCAGAUGAGAGAGGCUACCACAUCUUCUAUCAGAUGAUGACAAACCACAAGCCUGAGCUGAUUGAAAUGACGCUCAUCACAACCAACCCCUACGAUUUCCCCAUGAUCAGCCAGGGCCAGAUUACUGUGGCCAGCAUUGAUGACAAGGAGGAGCUGGUGGCCACAGAUACUGCCAUUGACAUCUUGGGCUUCAGUGCAGAGGAGAAAAUGGGCAUCUACAAGCUGACUGGUGCUGUGAUCCAUCAUGGAAACAUGAAGUUCAAGCAGAAGCAGCGUGAGGAGCAGGCUGAACCAGAUGGCACUGAGGUGGCUGACAAAAUUGGCUACCUGCUGGGCUUGAACUCAGCUGAUAUGCUGAAGGCUCUGUGCUACCCCAGAGUAAAGGUCGGAAAUGAGUUUGUCACCAAGGGGCAGACUGUACCACAGGUCAACAAUUCCGUGAGUGCUCUGGCCAAGUCUAUCUAUGAGAGGAUGUUCUUGUGGAUGGUCAUCCGCAUUAACCAGAUGCUGGACACAAAGCAGCCCAGGCAAUUCUUCAUUGGUGUGCUGGACAUUGCUGGUUUUGAGAUCUUUGAUUUCAACAGCAUGGAACAGCUGUGCAUCAACUUCACCAAUGAGAAACUGCAACAGUUCUUCAACCACCACAUGUUUGUGCUGGAACAAGAGGAGUACAAGAAAGAGGGAAUUGACUGGGAGUUCAUUGACUUCGGUAUGGACUUGGCUGCCUGCAUUGAGCUCAUUGAGAAGCCCAUGGGCAUCUUCUCCAUCCUUGAAGAGGAGUGUAUGUUCCCUAAGGCUUCCGACACUACCUUCAAGAACAAACUGUAUGACCAGCAUCUUGGCAAGAACAAUGCCUUCCAGAAGCCCAAGCCUGCCAAAGGCAAGGCUGAGGCCCACUUCUCCCUGGUGCACUACGCUGGCACUGUGGACUACAACAUCUGCGGCUGGCUGGACAAGAACAAGGACCCCCUGAACGACUCUGUGGUACAGCUGUACCAGAAGUCCUCAGUCAAACUGCUGUCCCUCUUGUAUGCAUCUGUUGCUAGCGCUGAGGAGAGCGGUGGUGGUGGCAAGAAGGGAGGCAAGAAGAAGGGUGGUUCCAUGCAGACUGUGUCCUCUCAGUUCAGGGAGAACUUGGGCAAGCUGAUGACCAACUUGAGAAGCACUCAUCCUCACUUUGUGCGUUGCUUGAUUCCCAAUGAGUCCAAAACACCAGGUCUCAUGGAGAACUUCCUGGUCAUCCACCAGCUGAGAUGUAAUGGUGUGCUGGAAGGUAUCAGAAUCUGUAGAAAGGGUUUCCCCAGCAGAAUCCUCUAUGCUGAUUUCAAGCAGAGAUACAAAGUACUGAAUGCCAGUGUUAUCCCAGAAGGACAGUUCAUUGACAACAAGAAGGCUUCUGAGAAACUCUUGGGAUCCAUUGAUGUGGAUCACACACAGUACAAGUUUGGACAUACUAAGGUGUUCUUCAAAGCUGGUCUCCUUGGUACUCUUGAAGAGAUGCGAGAUGAGAAACUUGCAGCUCUGGUGACCAUGACCCAGGCUUUGUGCCGUGGUUUCCUCAUGAGAAAGGAGUUUGUGAAGAUGAUGGAGAGGAGGGAGGCCAUUUUCACCAUCCAGUAUAACAUUCGCUCAUUCAUGAAUGUGAAGCACUGGCCAUGGAUGAAGGUGUACUUCAAGAUCAAGCCUCUUCUGAAGAGUGCUGAAGCUGAGAAGGAAAUGGCCCAAAUGAAGGAGGACUUUGCCAAAUGCAAGGAAGAUCUGGCCAAGGCAGAAGCCAGGAAGAAGGAGCUUGAGGAAAAAAUGGUCUCUCUGCUGCAAGAGAAGAAUGAUCUGCAGCUCCAAGUAGCAUCUGAAUCUGAAAGUCUUGCGGAUGCUGAGGAGAGAUGCGAGGGGCUCAUCAAAAGUAAGAUCCAGCUUGAAGCAAAACUCAAAGAGACGUCUGAAAGACUGGAAGAUGAGGAGGAAAUCAAUGCCGAGCUGACAGCCAAGAAGAGGAAACUGGAGGAUGAGUGUUCCGAGCUGAAGAAAGACAUUGAUGACUUAGAGCUCACCUUGGCUAAAGUGGAGAAGGAGAAACAUGCCACAGAAAACAAGGUUAAAAACCUGACUGAAGAGAUGGCCUCUCAGGAUGAGGCCAUUGCCAAGCUGACUAAGGAAAAGAAAGCCCUCCAAGAGGCACACCAGCAGACUCUUGAUGAUCUCCAGGCAGAGGAGGACAAAGUCAACACUCUGACCAAAGCUAAGACCAAGCUUGAGCAACAAGUGGAUGAUCUUGAAGGGUCUCUGGAACAAGAGAAGAAGCUUCGCAUGGACCUUGAGAGAGCCAAGAGAAAGCUUGAGGGUGAUCUGAAACUGGCCCAGGAAUCCAUAAUGGAUCUGGAGAAUGACAAGCAGCAGUCAGAGGAGAAGCUCAAGAAGAAGGACUUUGAGACCAGCCAGCUCCUCAGCAAGAUAGAGGAUGAACAAUCCUUGGGUGCUCAGCUUCAGAAGAAGAUUAAGGAGCUUCAGGCUCGAAUUGAGGAACUGGAGGAAGAAAUUGAGGCAGAGCGUGCUGCUCGGGCCAAGGUUGAGAAGCAGAGGGCUGAUCUCUCCAGGGAGCUUGAGGAGAUCAGUGAGAGGCUAGAAGAGGCUGGUGGUGCCACUGCUGCUCAGAUUGAGAUGAACAAGAAGCGUGAAGCUGAGUUCCAGAAGCUGCGUCGUGACCUGGAGGAAUCCACCCUGCAGCAUGAGGCUACCGCUGCCGCUCUCCGCAAGAAGCAGGCCGACAGUGUGGCGGAACUGGGAGAACAGAUCGACAACCUUCAGCGCGUCAAGCAGAAGCUGGAGAAGGAGAAGAGCGAAUACAAAAUGGAAAUUGAUGAUCUCGCAAGCAACAUGGAAGCUAUUGCUAAAACAAAGGCAAAUCUGGAGAAGCUGUGCCGUACUCUUGAGGACCAAUUGAGUGAAAUCAAGACAAAGAACGAUGAGAAUGUGCGACAGUUGAAUGACAUGGGAGCACAGAAAGCAAGGCUUCUGACAGAGAAUGGUGAAUUUGGUCGCCAGCUGGAGGAGAAGGAGUCCCUCAUCUCUCAGCUAACAAGAGGCAAACAAGCUUUCACUCAGCAAAUUGAGGAGCUGAAGAGACUAAUUGAGGAGGAGGUUAAGGCCAAGAACGCCCUGGCCCAUGCUUUGCAGUCAUCCCGCCAUGAUUGUGAUCUGCUGCGGGAGCAGUUUGAGGAGGAGCAGGAGGCCAAGGCUGAACUGCAGCGUGGAAUGUCCAAGGCCAACAGUGAGGUGGCUCAGUGGAGAACCAAAUAUGAAACUGAUGCCAUCCAGCGUACUGAGGAGCUGGAGGAGGCCAAGAAAAAGCUGGCUCAGCGUCUGCAAGAAGCAGAGGAGCAAAUAGAGGCUGUCAACUCCAAGUGUGCCUCUCUGGAGAAGACCAAGCAGAGACUGCAGGGAGAAGUGGAGGAUCUCAUGAUUGAUGUGGAGAGAGCAAAUGCCCAGGCUGCUAACCUUGACAAAAAGCAGAGGAACUUUGACAAGGUUCUGGCAGAGUGGAAGCAGAAGUUUGAGGAAGGCCAAGCAGAGCUUGAAGGUGCUCAGAAAGAGGCUCGUUCUCUCAGCACUGAGCUGUUCAAGAUGAAGAACUCCUAUGAAGAAGCUCUGGAUCAGCUUGAGACCCUGAAGCGAGAGAACAAGAACCUGCAGCAGGAGAUCGCAGAUCUGACUGAACAGAUUGGUGAGUCAGGAAAAGCCAUUCAUGAACUGGAGAAGGCUAAGAAGACUGUGGAGACUGAGAAGGCAGAGAUCCAGACUGCACUGGAAGAGGCAGAGGGAACUCUGGAGCAUGAAGAGUCCAAGAUUCUCCGUGUCCAGCUGGAACUGAACCAGAUCAAGGGUGAGAUUGACAGGAAGCUCGCUGAGAAGGACGAGGAGAUGGAGCAGAUUAAGAGGAACAGUCAGAGGAUGGUUGAGUCCAUGCAGAGCACCCUCGACUCUGAGGUUAGAAGCAGGAAUGAUGCUCUGAGAGUGAAGAAGAAGAUGGAGGGAGAUCUCAAUGAAAUGGAGAUUCAGCUGAGCCAUGCCAACCGCCAAGCUGCUGAAGCUCAGAAACAACUGAGGAACGUUCAGGGACAGCUGAAGGAUGCCCAACUGCACCUUGAUGAUGCGCUCAGAGGUCAGGAGGAUCUGAAGGAGCAGGCUGCCAUGGUGGAGCGCAGGAACACUCUGAUGCUGGCUGAGAUUGAGGAACUGAGGGCUGCCCUGGAGCAGACAGAGAGAGGCCGCAAAGUGGCUGAGCAGGAGCUGGUGGACGCCAGCGAGCGUGUGGGUCUGCUGCACUCCCAGAACACAAGCCUUCUGAACACCAAGAAGAAGUUGGAAGGUGACUUUGUUCAGCUCCAGAGUGAAGUGGAUGACACCAUCCAGGAAGCAAGAAAUGCAGAGGAAAAGGCUAAGAAGGCCAUUACUGAUGCGGCCAUGAUGGCAGAGGAGCUGAAGAAGGAGCAGGACACCAGUGCUCACCUGGAGAGGAUGAAGAAGAACCUGGAGAUCACAGUCAAGGAUCUGCAGCACCGUCUGGAUGAGGCUGAGAAUCUGGCCAUGAAGGGCGGAAAGAAACAGCUCCAGAAACUGGAGUCAAGGGUGCGCGAGCUGGAAUCUGAGGUUGACGCUGAGCAGAAACGUGGAGCAGAUGCUGUUAAAGGUGUCCGUAAAUACGAGAGAAGAGUCAAGGAGCUCACCUACCAGACUGAGGAGGACAAGAAGAACAUCAACAGACUGCAGGAUCUGGUGGACAAGCUGCAGCUGAAGGUCAAGGCCUACAAGAGGCAGGCUGAGGAAGCUGAGGAACAAGCCAAUGCCCACUUGUCCAAGUUCAGGAAGGUCCAGCAUGAGCUUGAGGAGGCUGAGGAGCGUGCAGACAUUGCCGAAUCUCAGGUCAACAAGAUGAGAGCCAAGAGCCGUGAUGCUGGCAAAGGCAAAGAAUCAGCAGAAUAA